CCUUUAUGUGAACGGCUAAUGUGUUAGCAAAACACCUGUGAAGUUUGAACCCAGCCGAUUAGAAAGUGCUCGUGUUUUCAGACACGUUUGAAUGUUAACGUGUUUUUAAAUAUGGGGACCGUUCAUGCGAGAAGUUUGGACCCUCUUCCCAUGCAGGGACCGGAGCUCGGAGUGCAUGCUGAUGACCUGGAUGUUGUGGAAGCAGAGCAUGAACCUCAACAGGAGAUUUUGGAGAACAAAGAUGUUGUAGUGCAACAUGUCCAUGUAGAUGGCCUUGGAAGAACAAAGGAGGACUUCUUAACGUACGAAAUCGCAGAUGUCUUCAGAGCCAAGAACUUAAUUGAUGUGAUGAAGAAAUCGCAUGAAGCCAGACAGAGAUUGCUGCGAAUGGGAAUGUUCAGACAAGUGGAGGUUGUUAUUGAUACCUCACAGGGUCAAGAUGCACUGCCUAAUGGGCUGGAUGUGACAUUUGAGGUAAAGGAGCUCAGGAGGAUGACUGGAAGUUACAACACUAUGGUUGGAAACAAUGAGGGAAGCAUGGUGCUUGGUUUGAAGCUGCCAAAUAUUUUUGGCCGUGCUGAAAAGGUCACUUUUCAGUUCUCCUAUGGUACAAAGGAAACAUCCUAUGGUCUGUCCUUUUUCAAGCCCCAAGCUGGACAUUUUGAGCGCAACUUUUCUCUGAACCUGUACAAAGUUACAGGACAGUUUCCCUGGAGUUCACUGAGAGAAACUGAUAGAGGUAUCUCCACAGAGUUCAGUUUUCCCAUCUGGAGGACGAACCACACGCUGAAGUGGGAGGGUGUAUGGAGGGAACUCAACUGUCUGGCACGUACCGCUUCAUUUGCUGUCAGAGAGGAGAGUGGCCACUCACUUAAAUCCUCUCUUGCGCAUGCAAUGGUUAUUGACACCCGCAAUUCUCCUAUCCUCCCUAAGAAAGGUGCCUUACUAAAGAUCAAUCAGGAAUUGGCAGGAUACACAGGUGGAGAUGCCAGCUUCUUGAAAGAGGACUUUGAAAUUCAGCUCAACCAAAAACUUCUCUGGGACUCGGUCCUCUCCGCCUCUCUGUGGGGUGGUGUGCUGCUUCCCCUUGGAAACAUACGUACAUCCAUAGCAGACAGAUUUUAUCUGGGAGGACCCACCAGUGUAAGGGGCUUCAGCAUGUACAGCAUCGGACCACAAAGUGAAGGGGAUUAUCUGGGUGGAGAGGCGUACUGGGCUGGUGGGCUCCACCUCUACACUCCUCUUCCCUUCAGGCCAGGCCGUGGGGGCUUUGGAGACCUUUUUAGAACUCACUUCUUCCUCAACGCCGGAAACCUGUGUAACCUUAACUAUGGUGAGGGACCUCAAGCCCACCUGAAAAGACUGGCUGAAUGUAUCCGCUGGUCAUAUGGAGCUGGUAUCGUGCUGCGGCUGGGAAACAUCGCUCGACUUGAGCUCAACUAUUGCAUUCCUAUGGGUGUCCAGAGUGGAGACAGGAUAUGUGAUGGAGUGCAGUUUGGAGCAGGUAUUCGCUUCCUGUAACAGCUCAAAGAAAUUAACAUAUCAACUUUGGACAUAAAAGGGCUUUUACAUGUUUUACAUUGAGUGGAAACUUUAUGCUUCAGUAGUUAUUUUGACACCAGAAAUCUGUGUUGGAAAGUAGUGUAAAAAACAUCACUGCAGAUAGAUUGAGGUAAAAAGAUGAAAAUAACCUGUCAGUGCUCUUAUGACUUGUCAUAUUUAUUUGUUUGGUCAGCGGAAAAGUAAAAUAAAAUGGUUCCUCCCUUUAUAAAAGUC